AGGGUUACACCAAUUCAUCUCUCCACUUGAACUUGAUACGAAUAUCCAAAAUAUGCCAAACCCGGAUCUUAGAAUAAUCUGGAUGAAAUACUCGGAAGCAAAAACAGAAGCAGGGGUUGGGGGACUCAUGCCUGUGAAUGCUAAUACCGAAAGUGUUGAAUUUGGUAUUUUGUUGGUAUUAAUUUUCCAGUUGAUAGUUCUCGCAGUGGAUUGUGUGACUACAAGAACCUCGCCUACUUGGUUUGGAGACAUCAGAAUGAAGUCAGUAUUGGGUAUUGUCUUGGGACUUUUAUCCUGAAAAUAGUUUGACCCAUAUUCUAAAGCAAGGAGUUUACAAAAGCCAGCAGAAAAAUACAAC